AAUGUACAAUGCAAUGACGACAUAGGUUUAAAGUCCAAACUAUUUAUUAUUGUUGAACAUCAGCUGAGCGAAUCCUAUCCAAACAGAAUCUUGAUGUUUUAUGUAACCAUGUGACACCGGAAACAUAAACUGAAUCAAUAAGUGCCAUUAAUCAUCAUCCUGCAAAAUGUACAUCUAUCACGAAUUCGUUUCAUUAAUGACAUUAUCACUCGUCUUUGUUUUGCUGCUUGUGUUUGUAGAAGGAACUGAAAUUGAAGGAAGUCCAUCAAAUCACAAAUGUAAUAAAAUCAAGAGGACAGAAAAAAUUGCUCAAAUGUAUGAAACUGGACCAUGUGUUCAAGCUUAUAAGGCCCGUUGUGGAUGGUUCAGUUUAGAUCUGUGUACUUUUUACAAAAAAGAAAUUUGUGAUAAAAAUAGCAACAGAACACAGUAUUAUUAUUCCACUGUGAGUGUGUGCUGUGAUGACUAUAUUGAGGCUCCCAAUGGGACCUGUAUAAGUGUAAAAUCAGCUGAUCCAGUUUGGGUUUUAGACAAAGAAAAUAAAACAGAUGUAGUUUAUGUAAAUAUUGAAGAUAUACCAACAACAACAACACGUUCCAAUCGUGGAGCACAGAAAGGUCAACAAAUAGUACAUUCUAAAGAGGAAGAAUCUGGUCUAUCUAAAGGAGCAAUAGCAGGUGCUGGCUGUGCAGUAGUUUUCUUGAUAAUUGUGAUAGCCUUCACAGUAAUAGGUAUACGUAAAAGAAGAUUAAGAAGACCUAAAAAGAAACCAGAUACAGAUAAAGAGAGAGAAGGAGAAACCAUGCUGACAAUGUCAACGUGAUAAUUGAGAGAUAGAUACUGUUUUUGUCUGCUUUAACUUUCUAGAGAAGCACAUCAGGGAUUAAACAGCAAGCAAUUUCACAUAUGAUGUAUUCCUAAAUGCACAUUCAUCUCACUACCAUUUUGUUUGUAGCCUGGGAUAUUUACAUUGGUGGUCUUGGAAAGCAGCAUGUUUAAUUACACAUAUAUCAAUAUACAUUCUGAGUAUAGAAACAUCAAAUCCAAAUAUGAGAUUUAAAAAUUAAACUAACAAAUGAACAAAGAAAAACUAUUAAUUCACUAUUAAUUGUUCAGUGGAUUUAGAAAACAAUAAAUUGCACCAUACUCACUGUAGUAUAGUUUAGUCCUUUGAAAACUAAGUCAUAUUCUAACAAGAAACAAUGGUCUGAUCUGUGGCUCCACAUUUAUGUAUUGUAUUCCAUAAAGUGCAAAUUUAAUGUUCAUAUACAGGUACUUACUGUUGAUAACAGUUUAAGCUUGUGUUACAUUUCUCAUUUAUAAUCGGGCCAGAAAAUUGAUAUCAAAAUAGUGUUUAUGAAUAUGAUAAUAUUAAUAAAAAACAAAGAAAUGCCAACAAAACAACAACCUUUUUUAGGGACAAAAAUAUAUAAAAAUAUAUUUUAAAAUCCUACAAUUAAUUAUCAAACUCGAAUAUUAAAUUUUUUUUGUAUUAUUUUGGGAAAAGGGGAGGGGAGGGGUUAUAUCCAUUGCUAUUAAAGCUUUUGGUUGCUCUUUCUUUUAAUGUUGUUAAUGCAUUUAAUCCAUAAAAGAAAGUCUCCAUUUUUCUAAGAUAUUUCUUAAAGUAGGAAAUACUUGUUUGAUGAACAAACCUAUUUAAGACAUUCCAAGUUGAAAAAGUUCUCGUAGUGGAGGGGGCAUUAAGUUUUUUUGAGAUCAACAUUACUCUUUUCUAAUAUAUAUAUAUAUUGUUUUAAUUGAUAGGUUGAAUACAGCUCAAUUUGUGCCAAUUUCAUUCAUAAAUUUCUCAAAUGUUUUUUUUUUUUUGAAUGUUGGUUUUAAUUCAUGUCACUUUCAAACUCAUAGUUUUGUUAAACAAGUGACAACAUACAAUUUGAAUAGAGAGAAACAAUGGUUUGCUGAACGAAGAACAUUUCACAAUUAUUUAAAAUUAUUCAUUAUUUAAAAAUAAUGAAUGACACAUAGUGUGGAUCCAAAAUUAUUUCUUGGUUUUGUGAGUAAAGGUUAAAGGUUAACCAUGAUCUAAAGUGUUCAUCAACAUGCAAAUUAUCUAUACAUUUGUCUGCCUAAUUUGUAAAAGCCAAAAAAUCAAGUAUCCGUGACCAUUGAAUUUUUCUUCAAUCCAUGAAAACAAAUGAUUUACACAAUAUAUAUAUAUAUAUAUAUAUAAUUCGUCUAAAUUACAGCCCAACAAUGUUAGAUAUAUUUGUUGUAGAUAUGUCAGUAUUUAUUGUUUGUGUGCAAUAAUUUAAAUUGUCGAUAUUUUGUGAUAAAUGUUUGUGUUGUCAUUUUGUAAUUGUUCAGAUUUUAUUUACCCUGAAACCAUGCUACUAUCAUAUCUAUCUGAAAUAAAACACAGAAUUGAAAUACAAAUAUAAGUCCUGCAUCAUAGUUUUUGAGAGCAAAAAUUAAAUUUUUGUAUUAUAUCACAGCAAUUUUGUAGGGGUGGUGAUUGUCUCUUACUGUUGUUUUUUUGUCUUUUUAAAAUUUGCUGUUGGUGUCAAAUACUCUGAUGUAUCUAUGAAUUUUUUUUUUCAAGAUUUUGACCUAUUUAGGUUUUGCAUGCCAUAGUAUUACAUGUAUUUGCAGAUAUAGUUCAGUGGUUGUUAUUGGUUCAUGUCUGUCAUAUUUGUUUUUCGUAAAUUGUUUUUUUAUGAAUUAGGCUGUUAGUUUUUUCGAUUGAAUUGUUUUACAUUUUUCAUGUCAGGGCCUUUUAUAAUUUUCCUAUUAUUGAAUAUUCUUGGGAAUCUUUUCUAAAAGCAUCUUUCAAUAAAAUUUAUCAUUAGUUAUACUAAAAUGUUCAUGACUAAUCAGAUUUUUUCUCGUCAGAUUAUUGCAGUGAGUAGCAAGCCUAUCAAAAUUAAGAUGGCUGCAAAUAUAAAAACAACAUUGCCAGUACCUAGAAUUCAAGAUCAGGAAUGAAAGGAAAGGGAGAUAAUUUUGUCAUUUCUGUAGGUUCUAACCUGAUAUCACAGUGGCAUGUUAACAGUCAUUAGAUAUUAAAACACAUUGCAUUGUAGACUGACAUCAGUUUCAAAUGUAUAGCGGGAGGGGGAAUUUGGCUACAAUUUUGUUGUAAACAGUCUAAAAAUCUUAUGUAUUUUUUUUACUUUUCCUCAUUGAAUGACAUUGUUUAAGUUGUGUUUCCUUGUAAUUAUUGUGUAAACAUGC